AUGAUGGUUGAUGUUAUAUCUUCUAUCUACUAUCAUAAUACGACUGACACGACAAAUACGACAAAUGCGACAAAUGCUGUAAAUACGACAAAUGCGACAAAUACGACAAAUACGACAAAUGCGGCAAAUUCGACAGAUGCGACAAAUACGACAGACACGACAAAUACGACAAAUGCGGCAAAUGCGGCAAAUGCGGCAAAUUCGACAAAUGCGACAAAUACGACUGACACGACAAAUGCGAUAAAUACGACUGACACGACAGAUACGACCGACACGACAAAUGCGACAAAUACGACCGACACGACAAAUACGACAAAUACUACAAAUGCGGCAAAUACGACUGACACGACAAAUACGACAAAUACGACAAAUCCGACAAAUACGACAAAUGCGGCAAAUGUGGCAUAUUCGACAAAUAGACCGACACGACAGAGACGACCGACACGACAAAUGCGACAAAUACGACCGACACGACAAAUGCUGUAA